GGCCCUUCCCAAACUGCGGGAGCGCCGCACCGCCCACAGCCCCGCCGGGCAGCAGCGCCGUGCAGCAGCGGGCAGCGCUGCGGGCAGCACCGCGGGCAGCACCGGACAGCGCCGGCAGCCCCGCGGGCGGCAGAGCGGGCAGCACCGGACAGCGCCCAGCAGGCUCCCCUCUCAGUGACGGCCACCGUUGGGCACCUCAGCAGAGAGAUGAACCCCACCAUCGGCAUCGCUGUCAUCCUGACAGUCCUCCAGGCUGCCAAUUGCCAGAUGAUCAAGGACCUGAGUGCCUGCCUGCUGGGCCAGAGCCUCCGGGUGGAUUGCCGUUAUGAGAACAAAACCAGCAACCCCCUGACCUACGAGUUCAGCAUCACCAAGGACAACAGGAAGCAUGUCAUCCACAGCACCAUCAGUGUGUCCGAGAACAUCUACCGGAGCCGAGCCAACGUCACCAUGCACAAGAACCUGGUGUGCCUCUACCUGCAGAGCUUCACCACCAGCGAUGAGGGUGUCUACAUGUGCGAGCUGAAGGCCACCAACGACUACACUGGCAACCAGAUAAAGAACAUCACUGUCAUCAAAGACAAACUGGAGAAAUGCGCCGGCUUCAGCCUCUUGAUCCAGAACACUUCAUGGCUCCUGCUGCUUCUUCUUUCCCUGCCUCUCCUGCAAGCCGUAGACUUCGUGUCCCUGUGAAAGGAAAAGCACACAAACACACGCGCACGCACACACGCACACACCGAGUACCCCAGCAAACUCACCUCCCCGCCAGAACGCAGCCCCGGGAAAGAGAAGCUGAACCGUUCGAAACAAGUGAAACCUCUCUCCGUGUUAUCUCUAUAUAGCCGUAUAUCUAAUGCUAACCACCAUCCUGUGCUGAGACCUGCCAUCACACGCACACGUGCCCUGCUCUGAAGCAUGGUGGCUUUGCUAGGCAGUGUUGCUUCUCCCAUCGCGCCUCCCUGCUCGGUAGGCUGGCUGGUUUGCUCGUGCUGGGAGCACUGAAGCCUCAGCCCCACACAGCCCGCUUCUCCCAUCCCUUUAACUUUUGGGGUUUGCCUUUUCUCAACUGGGGAAAAACAGCUGGACUGGCAGGUAAGAGAGAGGUGAUGCAAGAGCGUGCAGAGGUGCGGUGUGCCCACAGCCCGUGGAGCAGGUGAGGCUGCUGGUGUCCCCAACCUGCCCUGCCUACUAGUCGGGUGACAAACUGAUUUCUCAGCCUGCUCCUCUCACCCUGAGUCACCCCAAGAUGCCAUGACUGGGAGGGAGCAUGAGGCAAGUCCUGUCUCAGAGCAAGCAAGGAAGACAGAGGGAGCAAGGGAAGCAUGGGAUGAUGCUGGGCCUGGCCAGGAUAGGAAGAGAGAGGGGAUCAGGUCUGGGAGACACCCAUCAAAUGCCCCUGCCUCCUUAGGGCUCUUCAGGGGCCCUGGGAGGGGGCUCACUGCAAAUGUUUUUCCUUAUCGGUUUUUCACAGCUCAGCUGGAAAUGAAGCCUUCUCCAGACAUCAGCUGGUACCUUUGGGCUGCUCAAGCCCAAGACACCACUUGCUCUCCCUGGACACCAGCCCUUAGCUGUGAUGAGAGAAUUGCUGCCAGCAGCCACUUGAGUGGAGGCAAGCAGAGCCUCUCUGAGCUAGCCACAGCCCUGCCUUUGCCCCUGUUCCCUCCCCGAGGCCCCUGGAGCAGGAUCCAGGCAUGCUGGUGGGGAGGAGCAUGACCCCAAGGUCUCUGCAGGCACCCCUCUGCACCGUCACCCUGUUUUCCCCAAGGUAACAUCUAGGGGCUCUGACCCUUCCUCAUGGCACACGUCCCAGUGCCUGGCCCUGGGUAGGCUCAGCAGCCUUCUGCCAGCACAGUCUUCCUCCAGUCCCACCAUGCUGCUGGGAGGAGCCCGUGUGCCCCCUCCCUUCUCCUUUUCAGCAUUUCCCUGUCUCCAUUUGAGAGCAGAAAAGGGCCUAAUGCCAGCCCAGCUAUUGGCCACCCAGGACAUUCCCAGGGGUCAGCGAGAGCGGGGAGACGGAUGCCAAGCACAACCCACCUCUGCCAGCCCAAGCCUGCCCGAUGGCCCAUGGAACCCUGAGGAGCCAGUAGGCUGCUGCAUCCCCAAAACCUGGCAGCUCCUGGGCAAGGAACAGCCCAGCCAGCUCUGGGGAGAGAGACCAGCGGGCCACUGCUCCUGCGCGGGUGGGCACGGUGGCAGGGGAAGGUGCAGGCAGGACCAUCGGGUCCAUGGGGUGAACCGCAGUCCCGCUGAGCAGCCUGGGCUGUGCCACCAUGGCUGAGAGCAAUUCACAGCAACUGCUCCCCACUCCUCGCUCUUCUCCAGACACCACGAGGUGCCUCCUAACCCCAUGCCCAUCCCUGCCUGCUCGCUUGCUGUCUAGUGCUGCUGAGGCCGUGUAGAGCUGAGGUCUGGCUGCGUCCAGCUCCCUGGGCUUGCUGGUGAGCGCCGGGGCAGGCGCGGAGCCCAGCCAGCACAGCACGGAUGCGUCUCGAGUCUCAUUUUUUUUUGUGAACAUUUGUAGUUGUUUCCACAGCUUGUUGUAAAAGAAAUUCUGUUAAAGGGAGGGGGGGGAAAAAAGAACCCUGUGAAAGGCAACAACAAAAAAAAAACCUAUCCUCCA